AUGAAGGACGAAAGCUCAGCAAGAAUUCAGCGCGGUCGCAGGGCGGUGCGCCAAGGAGCUGAUCGCACAAAUCUACAACUACAGCUCCACAACGACAGUCUGCGGUGGAGUCGAAUUAAGAAUUCGACUUCCACUCGCCUCUAUUCAAACGAAAUGAAAGCUGUAGCCCUGGUAGAAAGUGGAGGCAAUUGGUUACGGCGACAAGGCAGACGUCGCCAAUUGCGCGCAUGUGUGCACGUGGCCUUGUUUGUUUUGAUAGUCCAUUGUUGUCACUAUGGCCACGUUGUCAGAAGGUGUAGCCCGACUCUGGAGGGCAUUCCUCGUCAGGUUGACCGGCCGCAUCAAGACCCACCCUGUCGCCGGCUCCGCUUGUCUCUCUUUUUUCCCCUCUUACCUCGUGACACACCAACCCACCGACCCUCCGACCCACCAACCCACCAACCGGGCUCCCAGGCCAGCGGUCUGCAACCGGCCGUCAGCAAGUCAGAUGAGUCCACGAGGUCGUAG